AUGCCUUCUUCACGAGCAUUUGGGCUGUCGUCUUCGUCGGCGUCGUCGCGCCAUGCCAACCGCGCGCGCGCCGCCUCGGACGAAGAGGCGUAUUCGGAGGACGACAGCUACCGCAAGGUGAAAAAGUCGUCUUCGUCGAGCAAGUCGGCACCCAAGUCGAAGCGCGCAGCCGAUGAAGAUGAGGCUGCCUACGCCCACGUGCGUCCCGCCAAGAAGAGCGCCUCAUCCACUGCGCAGCGUCAGGCGAGCACACGCCGCAACGAAGAAGCCUACGACGCGGUUUCGGAAGAAGAGCCCGAGCGGGCCAGUGCAGGAGUGUUGUCCGACGAGCUGCUGAUGGAGAGGCGUGCCUACGAUGCAUGGGUCGAAAAGAAGCUCAGCAAGCUCGAGGCGAAGCGCGAUCAGACGCUCGAGGACCGCGUCGAGCACCUGCGUUCCGAGCGCGACGACAUCCAGGCGCAGUACGACGAGCUGCGCAAGCUGCGCAACACGGACGCCGAGCACGCGCUCGACGAGUUCCGCAAGGUGGCCGAAGCACGCUACCGCCACGACAAGGACCUCAUCAACUCGCUCAAGGUCAAGGUGGAGGCCGCCGAGAAGCGCGCGCGCGAGGCCGAGGGCGGUGCGGCGGUGAGCUCGGACAGGAGCAUGAGCAUGCUCAAUGCCACGCUGCGCGAGAGCGUCCAGCCCGAAACGCCCGACCACCGGCUGGAGGAGCUCGAGAAGCAACACCGCAAAGAGAUGGCCGAAGCGACGCGCAUGCAGAAGCGGCUCGAAGAGGAUGUGCGCACGUACAAGCUGCAGCUCGAACACGAAAUCGCCCAAUCCAAAGCGCUGCUUGCCGCCGCCACCACCGCCCCUGCCUCUUCCUCUACUAGCACGGCCAAGGUGGCUGCGGAGCCGUCGGCAGCCUCGGCAUCGCUGGCAGCCAUGGAGGACGAAAAGGCGGUUCGAAAGCUGUACGAGGAUCUGACGGGACUGGUGGUGACGGGCGUGGAGCGCAUCGAUGCGGCGCAACCCUUCCGACGCUUCAAGGCGAUCUUUGCGCAGGAGGACUACUACUCGGUGCUGAUGGAUCUGGAAGAGUCGUCGUCCAAGGUGACGCCGUCGGCGGGCGGCAAGGCGCACAUGCGCGACGACAUUGUGUACGUGCCCAAGAUCGACGAUGACCGCGACAGCGAGCUGCUCAACAGCACCAUGGUGCCGCAAGAGUGGCUCGAGGCCCUGCGCUUCGACAGAAACAUGCUGUUCAAGUGGUACGAAAAGACCCGAAAGGCUCUGCUUACCGACGAGGCCAGGUUGAAGAUCCGCGCGCGCGAAGAACGAUCCCGCCACUAA